GUUACCUAGCAACCAGUGUUUGGGACAUGGUCAGACUACAAAAAUAUGGCUGACAAAUACAACGCAGAAACUAUUAUAACAGAAACUCAAAAGAGGAUACGUAAUGCAUUUGACGUGUUUGACCAUGAAUCCAACAAGACUGUUGAUGUCAGAGAAAUAGGCACUAUUAUCCGCUCACUGGGCUGUUUUCCAUCAGAAGCUGAAUUGCAUGAUGUCAUUGCUGAGCUAGAAGAAGAAGAGCCCACUGGGUUUGUACGCUAUGAGAAGUUUCUUCCAACUAUGACCAAGAUCAUGCUGGAGCGCAAGUUCCGUCCUAUUCCAGAAGACCUGCUCCUCCAGGCAUUUGAGGUUUUAGAUCAACAGAAAAAAGGACACUUGGAACCAGAGGAACUGACCAAAUAUUUAACACAAGAAGGAGAGCCCUUCACACAAGAAGAGAUGGAUGAAAUGCUGUCUGCGGCUGUUGAUCCUGAUAAAAAUAUAAUUCUCUACAAGGACUUUGUGAGCACGAUGACCUGUGAUGACUCUCGAUGAUGGCUGACGGAGCGAAUAAUUCAAAUAAAUGAGACUUUAGAGAGUUAUAAUCAAGGUAUCAUAAGCAAAAUCUUCUCAGUUACCAUUUUAAAUAACGUUCACUAUUAGGAAAAAUGGUUCUAAACAGUACCAAAUCAGGGUUCUUCUGGUUGUAACAAAAGUAGAACCCUUUAAAAAAAAAAAAAGAUUCCAUAAAGAACCAUGCUUUGAAAGUGCUAAAUAGGACCUUAAUGAUGGUGUAAUGAAUAACCUUUUUAAUAAUAGUUUAUUUUCAUUGAUAUUAAAUAUUAUUGAUAAUAUUUUAAAAUCUUUUUAUUUAUGUAAUGAAGACCAAGCUCCAGGGAAAUAUCUUCACAAUCCUCUAUGAUGUCUUUACGUCCAUCAUUAUGUGUGUAUUUUGAGUGGCAGUUUCUCUCUGCAGACGAUGGGGACAGCAUCUGAAAUACACAAUUGAGUUUAGAGUUAGAGUGUGUCUCUUCCAGUUGUUUAUGUGAAAACAAUUAUGUUUAUGAAGGCCAAAAUUUGUUUAUUUUUUGUGACGGUAUAUGUU